AAGCUCCUCUCCAGAGAGUGCGCUUGCGCAACGAGGUGAUGGGAAUUUCCAGCAGUAGGACGGACAAGGGUGGAUGAGUCUAGAGAAAGAGGGGAUGUGUCCCAAGCUCAAUACAUCAUCCUCAUUGGGACAGUGAAGCAUGUGGUGUGUUCAUUAUCCAACAUCAUAUCCCUCUUUGUCAUUGCAGCUUGGAGUUGGUGCAGAAAAGGCCCAGCAUCAUAAUUGUGGCCCUCUCUGCCCAGUGACCCUGAACUCACCUUUUGGUUAAAUGUCAGGGCAGAGGCUAGACCUCCGGAUACGUCGCAGGGCCACCAAACCGUCAACCACCAGCACCCUCUGGCCUCAUCUCAUUCCCCACAUUUUCCCUGGAGAGCCUACAUGGACUGCCAGUUAAAAAUAACCAGAGAUGCCCAAAAGCAGAUGGUGGACCUACAGGCAAGAGCCUAGCCAUCCCAAUCAGGAAGUUAAAUUCAACCCUACUGAUCCCCUCUCAUCUGAAGCAUAGUGACGGCUUCCUGAUUGAGCUCGGAGGUGCGUUUCUCAACCCUCAGUGGGGUGCAUUUGUGUGUCUGUCCCGAGAUGUCAGCAGAGAGGGGCUGCUGAAAGUGUGGUCCAGGGCAUGAGAGAGGGAGCGAGGAAGGGGUGUCACGGCUGAAGCAGUCCACUGCUGCACCGCCAAUGGAUGCCAAACUGCAAGAGGACCUAUUCCGGAGGUACGUGGUGUGCCUGGAGAGGCGGCUAGAGGACGGAGGGGGGAAUGCGGGCCUUGGGGGAAGCACCUUGGAGGGUGGCAGCGAGGCUCUACUCUCCACGGCCACAGCCCUGCUGGGGGCCUACCAACCAGACCCCGGCCAGAGGUUCCGCAUGGUGCGCUUCUAUGAGGUGGUGGAGAACGCCAUUCGAUGCCUGAGAGGCUGCAGUCUGCAGGGCCUGGAGAGAGCAUUCCUCACCCUGGAGACUCUCUGCACCAACCUGCUGCUCUUCCCCUGGAAGAAAGAGUUCCGCUGCAUCAAGACCUUCACAGGCCCGUACGUCUACCUUCUCCAGUCUGCUGUGUGCGACGCUGAUCUCCGCUCCCUCCUGCGUUCUAUGGGCUACUCCCGCGACCAUGAGCUCCAGUUCCACGUCCGGGACCACCCAGGUGGCCCAGGCCACCUCCGGCAGCUAGCCUUCGAGCUCUUCCUGGCCCAGGCCGAGUGUCGUCUCCUGGGGGAGGUGGUGGCUUUGGCCCGGGGUUCAGCCUCUGAGCUGGAAGCCCUGGAGCAACGGAGGGGCUGCCGGGAUGACGCGGCCGGCUGUGCAGAGGUCCUCCGACGGCGAGAUAGCCUUGGGGCCGACAUGGCCAGGCUCUCAGUGCGACCGAUGGAUAUACCUCACCCUCACCAUCUGAGGAGAGGGGGAAGACCGUCCAAGUCGGUGGAUGUUACGGAUGGAGCUGGGAAUUGGCACGCAGCCUCUAAGCCUGUUCUGAAAGCCUCUCUGAGCCUGAGGAAGGAGCCUCUGUUUGUGGAUGCAGAGGAGGACAUGAAGGAUGAGAUUAUCAGGCCCAGCACCUCCACUUCCAUGUUCUCUGUGACUGACCCACCUUCCUACAGCCCCGUGCCUGACUUCUUCCCUAUUCAAUCCCUGCCCUCGGUCGACGCUUACUCCUCCUACCACCUCUCCUCAUUGGAUGAAAUUGAUCUGUACACAGAGAGGGGUGGGCCUAGGGUUGGAGGUCGACAGACACCUUCCAGACCUCCAUCCAGGGAGCCCCGGGAUGCCAGGGAUGGCUGGGCACUCAAAACCCACAGUGGACUCACCUCUCCGGGGGUGAAGUGUCAGGGUUGUGGCCUGGGCUGCUCCAGCCUGGCAUCCUGCCCCAGGUGUGAAAUGAUCCUGUGCCAGGCCUGUCACGACAUCGACCCCUCCCCAUGCUGCGGCCUGCAAGACUACCCCAACCCCAAAUCGCCCCGCCCCGUGGAUGGUUACCUCCCCGUCAAGGAGAAGCUGUCAGUCUACUCCAACACCCACUCCCCACACCCCCACAUACACCCUCACCCCCUCACUCCCCCUCACACCCAGAUGGUGGAGAAACCCCUCGUGUCCACUAAGCUGUUUCCCUGCAAGUCGGUUGCCAUGUCGUCGUCGGCCAUGGUAGCCAAUAGCGACCGAGCAAGCCUGGGGGGGUCGCGGUGCGGGUUCUGUAACAAGCCGGGUGCUUCGCACACCUGCGUGAACUGCUCCAAGGUGUCAUGUGACAUAUGCAUGAGCCUGUACGCUAAAGAUGUGUGCACGCGUAAAAAACCCCAGCAUAGCUUUGUCCCCAACCACCAGCUCAACUUUAAGUCUGGAACCAUAUCACAUCUGGUCUACCGAUGAGCCAGGAACAACAGGGAGAGGACUCUCACUAUUCAAACCUCUCUCUCGUUUCUAUUUCCCUCUCUUACCUGUUCCUGUUCUCUCUUCCUCCUCAUUACUUUCUCACCCUUCCCUUGAACUCUCUUCCCUUCUCUAUCAGAUGUAUGGCUCUGGAAUAAACACAGGACACAUCAUAGGGAGUCGUAUCUCCUGCCUCUCUCUGCCUUGUAAAAGAUCAGGCUUUUUUUUUCAACUGCUUCCUCUUCUUCCUUACCUCACCACCCUGCUCUAGCUUAGUCAUGUGACGUCGUAGCGCUUCCUAACCCCUCAAAUCUAGUCCUCUCCAUGCGAAACGGGAGAAAAAAAGCAAGAGCCAUCCGGCUUGUAGAAAAACAAAACUCAAAUGCUGACUUAACUUCUCUGCCCGGUAGAUGUGUCAUAGUCUUCUGGAAUUGGAUUAUGUUCACUGAGGACCCUUUUUAAACUUGAAAAACCAAGGGGGGGGGGGGACAACAACCGUAAAUGUACACUGGAAUUCAAUAGUAUAUAUUUUCAAUGGUUAUUCAUUCUGUAGAUCAAUGUAAGACUGUUGGGUGGGGAUGCGUCUGGGGUGAAUGUUUUGGGGGGGGUGCUUUAAAGGGAUAUUUUGAGAGACAAUGGUCAGAUGCCAUAAUACUCUAUUUAAAGAACAAUGCCUUGUACAUUUACCCUCAAAUGUUUAAAGUGUAUAGCUAAGGUUUACAUGCUGCUCUUGAAAUGUUGUUUGACUCCUUACUGGUAGAUAACCUAUUCUUGUAUCAGUUUCUCCAAAUCUGUUCCUCUAUCUAUCCAUAUUCACAACAUACCUAACUCCUCAAGCUGAGAGUGCUACUUCACUGAUAAGUCAGUUUCUAUUGGAGAUGGCUGUUUUGAAAGCCAGUUAACUGUAAAGCACUCUGGGAAAUGAAGUCUUAAGCCGGUGACAGCCCCAGAACUAUAACAAAACUUCACCCAAUCACUCCAGCAGUGCAGGCAUUGUCAAGGUAUUGUCAAGGUAUUUUCUGUACUGGCACUUAGACACUCAAGGUUGUUUCCUUUCCAGGACCAUCUUAACCUUCAAAUCCCAGGUGGAAAAUCUCCAAACUGACUUAGAUCUGCGUUUGGAGACGACUUCUUCCUACUCUCAUUUAGACAGCAUGUACAGUACCAGUCAAAAGUUUGGACAUAUCUACUCCUUCCAGGGUUUUUCAUUAUUUUUACCAUUUCCUGCAUUGUAGAAUAAUAGUGAAGACAACCAGACUAUAAAAUAACACAUGGAAUCCUGUAGUAAUCAAAAAAGUGUUAAACAAAUAAAAAUAUAUUUGAGAUUCUUCAAAUAGCCACCCUUUGCUUUGAUGACAGCUUUGCAUACUCUUGACUUUCUCUCAACCAGUUUCACCUGGAAUGCUUUUCCAGCAGUCUUGAUGAAGUUCCCACAUAUGCUGAGCUCUUGUUGGCUGCUUUUCCUUCACUCUAUUGUCCAAACCAUCUCAAUUGGGUUGAGGUCGGGUGAUUAUGGAGGCCAGGUCAUCUGAUGCAGCACCAUCACUCACUCUCCUUGGUCAAAUAGCCCUUACACAGCCUGGAGGUGUGUUAGGUCAUUGUUCUAUUGUAAACAGGGGCAGCAGGUAGCCUAGUGGUUAGAGCGUUGGACUUGUAACCGAAACGUUGCAAAAUAGAAUCCCCUAGCUGACCUGGUAUCUGUCGUUCUGCCCCGGAACAAGGAAGUUAACCCACUGUUCCUAGGCCGUCAUUGAAAAUAAGAGUUUCUUCUUACCUUUUAUUUAACUUGGCAAGUCAGUUUAAAAAAAUGAUAGUCCCACUAAGUGCAAACCAGAUGGGAUGGCAUAUCGCUUCAGAAUGCUGUGGUAGCCAUGCUGGUUAGGUGUGCCUUGAAUUCUAAAUAAAAUCACUGACAGUGUCAGCAGCAAAGCACCAUCACACCACCUCCAUGAUUCACGGUGGGAACUUCACAUGCGGAGAUCAUCUGUUCACCUACUCUGCGUCUCACUAAGACAUGGCGGUUGGAACCAAAUAUUUUUGGACUCAUCAGAUCAAAGGACAGAUUUCCACUGGUCUAAUGUCCAUUGCUAGUGUUUCUUGGCCCAAGCAAACCUCUUCUUAUUGUUGUCCUUUAGUAGUGGUUUCUUUGCAGCAAUUUGACCAUGAAGGCCUGAUUCACACAGUCUCUGAACAGUUGAUGUUGUCUGUUACUUAAUCUGAAGCAUUUAUUUGGACUGGAAUUUCUGGGGCUGGAAACUAAUGAACGUAGCCUCUGCAGCGGAGGUAACUCUGUGUCUUCCUUUCCUGUGGCGGGCCUCAUGAGAGCCAGUUUCAUCAUAGCGCUUGAUGGUUUUUGAGACUGCACUUGAAGAAACUUUCAAAAUUCUUAUUUUUCCGGAUUGACUGACCUUCAUGUCUUAAAGUAAUGACGGACUGUCAUUUCUCUUUGCUUAUUUGAGCUGUUUUGCCAUAAUAUGGAUUUAGCCCUAUUUGGUAAAAGACCAUCUUCUGUAUACCACCCAUACCAUGUCACAGCACAACCGAUUGGCUCAAAAGCAUUAAGAAGGAAAGAAAUUCCACAAAUGAACUUUUAACGAGGCACACCUGUUAAUUGAAAUGCAUUCCAGGUGACUACCACAUGAUGCUGGUUGAAGGAUGUCAAGAGUUUGCGAAGGGUUGCUACUUAUAAUCUAAAAUAUAUUUUGAUUUGUUUAGCUUUUUUUUGGUUACUACAUGAUUCCAUAUGUGUUAAAUAGUUUUGAUGUCUUCACAAUGUAGAAAAUAGUAAAAAAUAAAAACCCUGGAAAUAUUAGGUGUGUCCAAACUUUUGACUGGUACUGUAUAACCUGACACAGUUCAGUCUGUCUACCGCACAUGGUCAAGAGAGAGCUGCAGCUCAUACAGAACAGGUGUUAUUUAAACUCCACUGAACAUACUCUUGGGUGACAGUCAUGACAUUUCACACUUGCAAGUUGAACAUUCUGUUUGUGCUGAAAUCCAUGUAUGGUGAGUGAUGUCACAAGUGUUUCUGGAAUACACAUGACUAUCACAUUCAGUCAAGUGGAAGCUUUAGCUCUCCCUCUGAGAUAUCCGUUUAAUAAAGAGUUGUGUUGAUAAGGACACAACACAGGACAAAAAGGGAAGGGUAUUUCUGACUGAUGAACCCAGCUGGCCAUUGCUGCCUUAGGCUAUAUUCUACUGUCAACAAUACCUCCAGCUAGAGAAGAGGGGUGAGCAUCUAUUAACUAUCUCUAGACCUAGGCACCAAUCAAUCAAAUGUAUUUAUAAAGCCCUUUUUACAUCAGCUGAUGUCACAAACUGCUAUACAGAAACCCAGCCUAAACUCCAAACAGCAAGCAAUGCAGAUGUAGAAGCACAGUGGCUAGGAAAAACUCCCUAUAAAGGCAGGAACCUAGAGAGGAACCAGGCUCUGAGGGGUGGCCGGUCCUCUUCUGGCUGUGCCGGGUGGAGAUUAUAAUAGUACAUGGCCAAGAUGUUCAAACGUUCAUAGAUUACCAGCAGGGUCAAAUAAUAAUAUUCACAGUGGUUGUAAGAGGGUGCAACAGAUCAGCACCUAGCCUGCUCUCAGAUGGGUAUGUGCUUUAGUGAAAUCCAGUGAAUUUCAUUGUCAUGCCAUACACACAACGGGGGUCAGAGAAGUUGGCUAAAGGACAUUGAGCACUAGGAACAGGUUACUAGGCAGUUAUUGUAGCUGUGAAAGGGUCUGGAUAGGUAGGCUAUUUUGGAUAUAGCUCAACUAUCUCUGAAUGGAAUGUGCUGUUAAGAAUGUGCCAUAAGUGCAUAGUUGGUAGGGACCAGGGAGUGAUUUGUAAUUGAGCAGCAUAUUAGGUCUGUCAUUCACCUCUAUCCUCUCAUUUUAGAACAAGUCAUCAAAUAAGUAAGCAAUAUGGUUGAUGUAAGAAAUUCCAUAUUGCUCACCUCUUCAAGAUUCAAUUCAACGGAUCCCCAAUGGAGUCUGUUUUAAUAAGGCCAACAUAAAUCUCAAAUUAAGCCUUCAAAAACUUAAAAUACAUCCUUUCCUCAUUGGCAUAAUUGCUGAAGUGACUUGGUGAUAUCUAUGCUUAUUUUUCCCAAUUGCAUUAGAUUUGUUUUUACCUCAAGGGAGGAUGCAUCUUUUUUAAAUUUAUUUUUUACUGCUGAUAGGUUUAAAUGUCUUUCCGGAGUGGCCUUAGUGCAAUUCACCUUUGACCUCUUUCUCCAUCUAGUGAUGUUUCCUAAAGGGCCAAGGAGAGAAUGGGUAUCUCCCAAUACUAAUUUGUGGUCUCCUUUCCAAGAGCUCUCACCAGGGCCACAAAGCGUCUUAGUAGGAGUGCUGAUCUAGACUCAGUUAAGCUUUUUAGAUCAAAGUGAGUAAUAUUUUAGAGACAAAUGCUGGAUUAGCAGUCCAACUCAGAGACCCUUUGUGGAUGCGGGCCCCAGGCUCUGAGAGGGCAAGGUGAAUUGAUCUCCAUUUGAUUCUCACCUCCCAAUGUGUGUUUGUCGUACAGACACAGAUUAUCACACAUUUACAAUGCCUGGAAACUUGUUAAACAUCUCAGGAACCAAUAUGAGAUAAUUAAAAUCUCUAAAGAAUCUGUAGUGAAUAUGCAUAACAGAAACAUCCGUUGUCCUCACAGACCCAAAGGAACACAGACGAGAGGCCGUUAAAUUGAUUGCACAUAACCUACUCUAUAUUUUGGCAAGGGGAAACAUUGCUCUAUGUUGCAAAACUGAUUAAAAUGAGAAAUGGAAAAACUAACAGUAAGACCAUGUGGAGAUUUAACUGAGCAGCAUUGAUGUGUCAUUUGACAGGGCUGAACUAAAAGAAUACAUAUUUGGAUCAUCUGGCCUUUUACAUCUUGAUUACAUACUGCAGCUUGUUUCUAGUCUUAGUCAUGGAAUGCACUGAUGAGUUAUUUGAGCAUAUUUGGUCAUCCCAAAGGACACCUCUAUUUCCUACAGAGUAGAUAACUUCUGCCAAAAGUUAUCUAGUUCCAGUCAAAAGUAGGGCACUUUUUAGGGAAUAGAGUGCCAUUUGAUAGGCCACCAUUUAUAUAUAUUUUUCCACAAACUUCCUAUGUGACAGAGAAAUCAAUCAUCCCUUGUCCCUCUUCUCACUCUGGUAAUCUCACCAGUAUGAAAAGUGGUGGUGUUGUCUAUAUAGCACUCCCCCUCAUUCACCACAUCAACUCUGUUCCAUCGAAUCCAUUCCAGACAUUACAAUGAGCCUUUCCUCCUAUAUCCCCUCCCACCAGUCUCCUGAACCCCACUAUCAUUACAGGGGAGAGGGGAAGGGAAAAUGUUCCAAAUUGUUAGUUGAUGAAAUUAUAUAUAAAUCUCUCUCUAAUAUAUAUAUAUAUAUAUAUAUAUAUAUAAAACGUCAAUGAAUAAAUGCGAUUUUAUAAAAUAAUUUCAAGAAUAAAUCAAAAA